GCAGACUACUACAACCAAGAGAUGCGCCAGCUAGGCACAAGCACGAACUACGCCUACGAACAGCCUUACACGCAGAGGGGGAAACCGCUCCCCUACACACCGCAGAGGAGGAGGAGCAGGGCCUUCUGGUGGAUCAUCGCUCUUAUCGGUCUGGCGAUCAUAGUCCUCGCAGUCGUCCUCCCCGUAUACUUCACAAUCGGCCGGCACUCCAGCUCCAACUCAAGUUCCGGCACCGGCACCGGCUCAAACGGGUCAGGCGCAGGCGGCGGUUCCGGAGGAGGAAGUGCACAGCCAGCACCAGCAUUCAACGGGCCUAUAUCCGGAGGUCAAGGGAGUAUCCUCACGUUCUCCGACGGGUCUACCCAAGUGUAUGGGAACCCCUUCGGGGGGAUGUGGUACUUUGACCCCGGGGAGCCGUUUGCGGAUUAUGCACAGGCGCAGAGCUGGACGCCGCCGUUGAAUGAGAGUUGGAGAUAUGGAGUGGACUUGAUCAGAGGGGUAAACCUCGGCGGCUGGUUAGUCCCAGAACCGUUCAUCGUCCCCUCCCUCUUUGAACAAUACCAAUCUGGCUCCUGUGCUCCGCCGUAUAACGCACAAGACGAAUGGACGCUCACGAAUUGCAUGAACCAGAAUGGGAACGCGACACAGUUGAUGGAGGAACAUUAUCAGACGUUUAUCACCGAAGCAGACUUCGCAGCCAUAGCCAGCGCAGGGCUAAACUGGGUCCGUAUCCCCGUCCCAUUCUGGAUGAUCUCCACCUACUCCAACGAGCCCUUCGUACCGCACGUCUCCUGGACCUAUUUCCUACUCGCAAUCCAGUGGGCCCGGAAGUACGGCCUAAGGAUAAACAUGGACCUCCACACUCUCCCAGGGAGCCAGAACGGGUGGAACCAUUCUGGCAAGCUGGGGCCUAUCAACUUCCUCUUCGGUGUGAUGGGGAUCGCGAAUGCUCAGAGGGCGCUGAGUUAUAUUCGUACCUUGACGGAAUUUGUUGCGCAGCCGCAGUAUGCGGGCGUCGUACAGAUGUUUAGUAUCGCGAACGAGCCUUGGAUGCCUGUGAUCGGUCAGCACCAAUUGCAGAACUUCUACCUAGAAGCUCACAACAUGAUCCGCAACAUUACCGGCCUCGGCCAAGGCCCGUUCAUAAACAUCCACGACGGGUUCUCAGGCAUGCAACUCUGGGCCGGCUGGCUCACCGGUUCAGACAGGAUAGCACUAGACACCCAUCCGUACUUCGCGUUCAACGCGCCAGCCAGUAUCGCUCCUCCAUCUAGCUUUGUCCAAGCCCCGUGUUCGGGUUGGGGCCCGGAACUGAAUGCUUCUAUGGUGCAGUUUGGGUUCUCGAUGGCGGGGGAGUGGAGUGUGGCCCCGAAUGACUGCGGGUUGUGGGUGAACGGUGUCGGCCUGGGAAAUCGGGUGGAAGGGACCUACCCGGGUAGUACAGCAGUAGGGAACUGUACGACUUCAGACGCCUGGGAGGAGUGGGACGCAGACUAUAAAGCCGGGUUGAUGGGAAUCGCACUUAGCUCGAUGGACGCUCUCCAGAACUGGUUUUUCUGGACUUGGAAGAUCGGGAACUCCACAGCAGGGAGAGUAGAAGCACCCUUUUGGAGCUACAGUCUCGGUCUUGCGAACGGCUGGAUCCCGCCCGACCCUAGGCAGGCAGUGGGCUAUUGCGCUGGUACGGCUGGAGUGCCCAUGAAUGAGCCGUUUGAUGGGGUGUUGUCCGCUUGGCAGACUGGUGGCCAGGGGGCGGGGACGAUUGCGGUUGAUCAGUUGGCGAGUUAUGGACAGUGGCCGAUCGAGAGCAUGAACAGUGUCUCUACAUCACCUUACCUCGCACCGUCCGACGUGGUCAGACUACCGCAGUACACACCAACAGGGGCAAUUCUCACCCUCCCCGGACCAACAUUCACGACCCCAAGUAGCACCCAAACUGCAGACGCGGGGGAUGGGUGGGUAGACGAGCAGGAUCAGGGAGGGUAUUGGACGCCUAUUGGGGGAUGUGGGUAUCCGGAUCAGUGGGUUGCUGUGGGGGUGGCGAUACCUACUGGGGGGUGUGGGGCGUUGGAGCGCCGGGCAGGGGGGGAGGAGGUGGGGGGCGAGGGGCGGGGGGCGAGGCCGACGGAGGCGCCUUUGGGACGUUGA